AUGGUCUGUAAGGUGUGCCAUGAUAUGUUGUACGGACACAAGGGCCGCCGGGAUUCUGGCUCACAACUGGCCCUGAGUUUCUGGCACCAUGAAACGGCAGAAAACGUCAAGGCAGCCGCCGAGGAUGCAGAAUGCUAUCUCUGCCGUGUCAUCGACGAGAAACUGAGAGAUCUCCAUAUCAACCCUCCCGUCGGUCCCGAGAGGAGCUGGUUCCUCUGUGCGUUGUUGCAACGAUUUCCUCGCUAUAAUGGUGUCUAUCGUCUGGACAUCAAGCUUGAACAGACCAAGACGACAGUCGCAAGCUUCGUCUUAAAACAGAAUGACGCCGAUAUGCCCAGCCAUCUUCAAACAACUCCCAGAAGCGCAAGUACAUCGGAUCCAGAGGUCUUCGACCUGGCCAGAGAUUGGAUCGAUGUAUGCGCAAGAACCCAUGCUAAAUGUCAGACCGCUUCAAGUAUACAAUGGUACCCGACACGAUUAAUAGAUCUGCGAGCUAUGCCGGAAGCUGAGAUGGAAAUCGUACGGCUGGUGUCACAAAAGGACGCCGAGAAGAAGGACGGCCAACCACUCUUUGAAGGGAGAUAUGUUACUUUGAGCCAUCGAUGGGGGCAUAUGACAAUCCCCAAACUCCGACAUAUGAAUAGAGCCGACUUGCAAACUGCAAUACCGUCAGAGAACCUCCCCACAACGUUCCAGCACGCAAUGCAAUUCGCACGAGAGUUAGGUGUGCGGUGGAUAUGGAUCGAUGCUCUCUGUAUCAUCCAGGGGGACGAACAAGAUUGGCUCCAUGAAAGUUCGCAGAUGGACAAGGUAUAUGCUUUCAGCCAUUGCAACAUCUCCGCCACUGCAGCCAUCGAUGGCUCUGAAGGUCUAUUCAACCGCAGGGACCCCGAUCGGAAAUGGUUCGACACAGUGAGCCUUCGAACACAAGACCUCUCAGGAGAUGGACAGAAGGUAGUUGAGUGUACCAUUUCCGAUCUGUCAUUCUGGGAUCAAUAUGUCGACAAUGCACCAGUCAAUCGGCGAUCUUGGGUUUUCCAGGAACGACUUCUGGCACCAAGGGUGUUGCAUUGGUGUAAAGAUCAAAUUGCGUUUGAAUGUCGCGAACUCGACAGAGCCGAAUGCCGUCCAGAAGGCCUCCCCCAUCUUCAGAUGAGGGCGGGUCAGCUCAUCGACCAGGCCCGCUUGAAGGCUAUGGAUCGGGAAGUCGGCAGGCGGCUCCGUGAGCUGAGACUGGCGGCGUUGCACAGUUCGUCACGUAGCAAAGGCUUAAAAUGGAUGGUGGAGGCCAUUGAUCCGAAGCUGUACCUUUACGAAGUCUGGAAACGGAUGGUCGAGGUGUACACCAAGAUGGAACUGAGCGACGAGAGAGACCGACUUAUAGCAUUGUCCGGCAUUGCGAGAAUGAUGACAAGGAUCUUGAGACUGGAUGGAAGUGAGGACCAAUAUCUCGCCGGCAUGUGGCAGAAUUACCUGGCAAGCCAGUUACUGUGGUAUGUCAACGACGGCGAGGAAGAAGGAAAGACGGCGCAGCCACUGCCGAACACUCGACCACGGCAAUAUCGUGCUCCCACCUUCUCAUGGGCCUCAGUCGAAACUUCUCGUGGUGUCACCUUUCCAGAGACAACAGACAAGGGCAUCCUGGUGGAAGUCCAGGUAGUCAGGCUAACCUAUCGCACCGAGGAUGACAUGUUUGGCAUUCUCACUGACGGCUAUCUUGUUCUCAAAGGCGUGUUGAGGAGGAUCGAGUUGACAGAUGCAGAGCAGGAUCAGAGCUCGUUGACCUCGAUACGCAAGUCUAUGUGGCAAUGGUAUACUCCGAGUACCGCGCUCCUCGCUGUCACUGUGGUCAGCAUAUCGAUAUUACUGACGAUGGUGACCCUAAGAACACUCUCCUGGCAACAGCACAGACUGAUCUUGACAUUGCUCUUCGCAUCCACUCUUCUAAGCCCGGUGCACUUUGUCACCAUGGGAUUCCACGCUCGCAAGCAACGGCCUGCUGAGCCGGAGUAUCCACGAAACCGAUUCAGCUGGCGUUUGAUGCAGAAGGGCCAGCCUAUUGGCGACUCUCAGUCCAUCGUAUAUCUGGACAGUCCUGCCAGUGAACCCUCGGUAUUCGGCCCCAAUGCACAAGUCUUUUGUUUACCAGUCUCUCAAGAUGACCGGCAUCUGAACUGCCUUCUCAUCCAGGCCACCGAUGGGGACCACGGGAUCAGGUACAAACGAGUCGGGCUAACCAAGAUCAUGAACCUGUUCGACCAGGAUGUGGAGGCGAUCAAAGAGCCUCCGACCAGGAAAAAGGACAAAGCGUUGGGCAGGUACUACUGGGGUCCAAACACUCGAUUCCGAGGCGAGAGCCAUAUCUGUAUUAUCUGA